GUGUCGUGGCUCUCUCCUCUUUGCAAGAUGGAGUUGUCUGAGUCGGUGCAGAGAGGGCUGCGGUCCCUGGCGGAGCCGUCCUCCUUCGACCAGGCCCGCUUCCAGGUGCUGGUCGAGGCGUGUUUCCGGAGCCUGCUCUCCUCCCGCGGGGACCCCGCAGUCCUCGAUCAACCCGAGCUGAAGCAGAUCGACCAGAUCCUGCUGAAGCAGAUCCACACUGCUGCCACCACCUUCAUCCUGGAAGCGGUCAAACACAAUGUUGACAAGUCGACAAUAAGCUCCAGCCUUGAGGAACUCACCUUCACUGCAGACAGAAUAGAAAUAUUCUACAGUGCUUAUCAGAAACAUAAAAAAGAACUGGAGCACAUAUUAGCAAGCAUCGGGAGGCGUCCUCCUCAAAUCAACGACGUAACGUGGCGUCUGGAAUACCACAUGAAGAAUGGGCAGCUAGACAAGGUCAACGAGCCAUUCUACAUGCUGUCGUUAAAAACUGAGAAGGAUGGGUGUCCAGAAGAUGUCGACUUCACCUGCACCAUGGAGCAGCUGCAGGAUCUAGUGGGAAAGUUGAAAGACGCUGCAAAGAGUGUAGAGAAAGCCAGUCAGAUGUGAUGCUGGUGUCCAGUUUCCUCCGCACAAAGCGUCGGACUUCACCCGUUUCCAGCUCCUGUUCACGUGCCUCUUUUCGUGCCUGAUUGACGUGACAAAGAACAUUUGAGAAUUGUCCCUUUUUUUUCCCCCAACGAUUUUGUUCUUUAAACAGAAAAGAAACCCUACGUUGUUCUUUGGUUAAUUUCACAGUUUGAUAUGUUGAAAAAACGCGUCUUUGUGAGAAUGUUGGAAAAGUGUUUGAAUAAACUUUGUCGUCUUUGUCAUGUUGAGUAUUUUUCUCGGUUUAUGGAGAGAGAAACGGCCGGCCUUGUGUUUUGUAAACACGUGGAUGUCUGAAUGGGAUUUUUGCCAUAGCUGCGUGACAGCAGUGUGUUUAUUCCCUCCUGCGUUUUCUUACGAGAGGUUCGCUGAAGCCGCUUCAGGAGGAAUCUAUUUUUUUUUAAAGCUGUUUGGAGGUGCAUGCGCUCCCUCUCA